ACGUUGAUGUAAUGUAGAUUAUAAAUGUGUCAUAUAAGUUGUAGAAUUGUGAAAGUUUAAGAAAUAAACAGAAUACAAAAAUUGUGUCAUAAGUGUUUUGUAAUCUCUUGUAUUGGGAAGGCCUUCGUUGAUAAGAAUUUGUGCUGGAUAGGAGAGUUACCGUAUAAAUUGUCGUUUGUGGACAGAAUUAUCGCUCUAUCGCCUACGACAAUGAGUCCCGCUGAGAUUAUACUGCAACAAAAGUAGUCUACCUCAGAAAGAACCAGCUCAUUUGAAGAUGGCAUCCUGCAACAGCAUCGAAAAUCGGAAAUGGCUGUUCACGGCCGAGCAAUUGAACGACUCACCGAGCCGCAGACGCGGCACGACUGCCGAGAAAGAACAGACCUCCAGACGACUGGCCGCGAACCUUCUCCAAAAUAUGGGCGAGCGAUUAGGGUUACAGCAGACCUCCAUCAACACGGCAUUGGUGUUCAUGCAUCGAUUCUACGCGUUCCAUCCAGUUACCAUAUUCCACUGGAAACAAGUCGCGCCAGCGGCACUAUAUCUAGCAGGGAAGGUAGCCUAUCAACCUUGCCCACGAUCACAUAUAAUAAAGUGUUUCGCCGAUCUCGCCGGAUAUCAACGGGAUGUUGCUGUCUUGAAACGACUAGAUGAGGAUUUGGCGUUCCACGAGGAUUUUUUGCUGCAAACACUCGGUUUCGACACCGACGUCGAACAUCCAAACGAGCACAUCGCCGAGGCCUCUGAACAGUUUGCGAAUGGCAAAGAUUUGGUUAGAACCGCUGACAUUGUGGCUGCCACCAGCUUGCACUUGACAACAAUGUGUCUGCGGUACACACAAACUGUAGUGGCCUGUUUUUCUUUUUAUGUUGCGCUAAAAAUUUGUGACGUGAAGGUUCCAGAAGAGCAGCGUUUUUGGUUCCAAGCAAUAGACCCCACUGUUACCCAGGAUCUGCUAGACCAGCUCACGGAUGAUUUCUUCCGCGCAGUCCACGAUUUAUUCCCGGCAGAUAAGACAUCAUCAGCAGACGAUUCGGGUAUAGGCAGUCCAGACAGCUUUUCCGGAUCUCCAAGUCCACCACCGUCGACAGACCAACUUGCUGCCGUCGCUGAUUUCAGUUACACAAAGCUCGGUCAGUUUGUUUCGAUGCUGAAAACGUUCAAAUAUGCACCCGUAUCUCGGCGUUCGUCGCACGCACAGAAACCAGCGAAACCUCCGCAGCGUUCUACUGCGGCACCUUCAUCGACACAUGAUCGCUAUACAUAUGCCAACAGGCGGGAUCGCGAGGAUCGUGUCGCACCUCACGCACCUUCCCAUCCAGGAAACCAUAGAAAAUCGUCGAGUGCUUAUGGCUCCAAUCGUCCUCAACAACCAUCAACUUCUGAACCGAAUAGAAGCGCUGGCCCAUACAAAGCUGCCCCAUCUCAUGGUUCACAUCCAAAAAGUCAUAGAGGCAUGGUGAGUGCAUAUGACUCCCACCGUCCUCAGCAAUCAUCCAGCUCGAAUGUCACGAAGCCUGUGGAACUGAAUCGAGGCCAGCAUAAAGCUCCCCCACGACUUCAAGCAAUUAAGGAGGCCUACAAGAAGUGCUUUGUACCACAAUCUUCAUCAUCCGCGGUGCCUUCGGUCUUCGGUUCGGGGUCGUCGGGAAGAACCCCAGCAAAUGUUUCGGAUGUCAAUAAUGUAUCUUGGUUACACACUGGAAUUCCGACAUCUGGAACAGAAGUCCAGACAAGAAAAAAACCGAUACCCAGGAUGAGUUCGAACUCCAAGAGUACACAACCAGAGGGACCUUCAAGCCGUAUUCAGCCUCGACCGAAAGAAAUACGAGAUGCUGAAAGAAGUUCAAUAACGACAAAGCAGCCGAAAGAAGCUUCAGGUAAUACGCUCAAACCCUUCAAAUCUAUAUUCAGCCCGGAUUGGGAACCUACAGAAGCCUCCAGUAGCACUAACGUCAUUCCGAUCAUCGGUUCUGUGGACGCUGUUGAUCUGUUAACAUUUGGAAAACCGAUUAAGAGACCACAUUCAACGAUCAACGUACAGUCUCUACAAGACGAUGCGAGUGACCCUCGACAAUCCAAGAUCCGUAAAGUGGAUGUUACGCAAGCUAGCGCUUCCACUCCAAAAGGCUGUGCACCGUUAGUUCCAAGCAACACACAUCCUUCAAAACACGACGACAAGAGCUACAGAUCUAGAGAUGAGAGGCACGAAGUGAGAAAAUCCCAUAAAGAGGAUCGCGGGGAACGAAAACAUCGCUCGAAAGAAAGGCAGCGCAAAGAACGAACAGAAUCGAAAAAACACCGAAGUCAUGAAAAAAGAGACAAAAAUGACAAGGGAAAACGCAAAAGAUCCAAAACGGACGAAGUCCGCAAUCAGAAACAUUUCACUACUUCCAAAAAAGUCGGCGAGCAGCUCCGCUUGAAUACGGAGAAGACAGAACGGAAUGACAAGACCAAACAAAAAAAAAAUAUGGAUCACAAGAAGCCACCUCCUCCACAACGUAUAGAUACAGUGCAGAACCUGUUCAACGACUUCCCUCCCGAGCUGAACUUAAGUUCGGCCUCGGAAGAUUCACUGCCGGAUGUUUCAACUAAGAAUGUUGGAAAAGAUAACCAAGCCACUGAGCCCAGCCAUCCCAGGCCAUUCAAGUCCAUUUUCAAUCCAGAGUGCGAGCCACUAGAGGCCCCUGGUGUCUCUGAUAUUGUCCCGAGCAACGGUAUCGGUCAGAACGACGGCAUACCAUCUACUCCAGGACGAAAUUUGCCUGACUUCUUCGCUGAGGGAGGCUCACAGAAAUACGAUAAGUCUACACUCUUCGAUUUCGAUUAUCCCAAGACUCCGGACGUGAUGGGCUUACCGCCCACUCCUGGUAAAACACUUCCAGCGGUGUAUCGCGAGUCGAGAUACAGCGAGACGAAAGAAAGAUCUAAGGAUGUGGUCCGUGAAGUCAGAAAAGAACCCAAAGAUAACAAACACCGCGAGGAACGGAAACAUCGCACUAAAGACAGGAAGUCAGAAGUGCUAAAAAACGUGUUCGGAAACUACUCAACGAAGGUCACCACGAACACUGCGGCUGAACCUGUUAGAAGCGUGAAACAACUAACCAUAGCGCCCAAGAAAGACGACCACCAGGAUCGUUCCCGUUCGGAAGCUGAAGAAAAACACCGUGGAGAACGAAAAAGACCCAGAGACGACAGAGUCCACGAGGAACGCAAAAAACAUAACCCUGACAAGCAUAGCUCCACACACAAAACCAGUGAAGCAAUGAAACAUCACACAAAAGACGACGAGCAGAGGCGCUCCAAUCCAGAGAAGGUAGAAAGAGAAGACAAGACCAAACAUAGGGACCUGAACGGCACUGAACGGAAACGCAAACCAAGCGACGAAAGCAGUGAUCGGCAUAAGAAGCGAACCACGGAAAAAGGCCGUGCAUCGGAAUCAGCGGACCAGCAUCGUUCGAGUUCGAAGAAUAACGUAGGAAAGGAUUCCAAGCCAACCGAUAAGAAGCGUGACGAGCGACAAACUUUGCAGGAAUCGACCGCCACUUGGCUGUCUAUGCCGAUUUUGGACUGAUUUUUUUGGAUUUUUGCACGGUCUAGAAGCCGACGAGGAUU